AAUUUUGUAAAUAAAUAAACAACCAUAAAAGAUUAAUAGCCUCUUAUCCUUAAGUAAAUGCCGACCAUUGCCGCUUCACGGAAGCACUUGGUGCUCGUUCAUGGGCUAUGUCACGGAGCUUGGUGUUGGUACAAGGUUAUGACCCACCUAAGAUCCGCCGGCCACCGGGUGUCUGCGGUGGACCUUGGUGGUUCUGGGGUGCACCCAAGUCGGCUUGACGAAAUAGCCACUUUCUCUGAUUACAUACAACCACUAGUUCGGUUUCUUGAGUCAUUAUCUGCCGACGAAAAGGUGGUGUUGGUUGGACACAGCUACGGUGGACUUGCUAUUUCUCUGGCCAUGGAGAGGUUUCCCAACAUUGUCUCGGUUGCAGUUUUCAUCACCGCCUACAUGCCAAAUUACAAAGACCCACCGGCCCUGCAGAUGACACAGUAUUUUAAGAAUUUGAAGCCGGACACUUGUAUGGAUUGCCGGUUCACGUUCAAAAAUGGAUCACCGGCGUAUGGUGAACUAGGUAGCAAUUACCUGGACACCAUGAUGUAUCAUAAUUGCCAACCGGAGGACAUGGCAUUGGCAAACAUGUUGAUAAGACCGAGUCACUUUUUCUUGGAGGAUAUGAGCAAGGAUUCUCUUCUGACCAGUGAUAGAUACGGCUCGAUUAGUAGGGUUUACGUGGUGUGCGAAGGUGACCGUGUUAUGGAUGAAGAAUUCCAGAGAUUUGUCAUAAAAGACAGCCCUCCGAAAGAAGUCAAAUCUUUUCCCGGAGUUGGGCAUAUGAUUAUGUUGUCACAUUCGAAAGAUAUCUCUCUUUAUUUGCAGGAAAUAGCUGAUCGAUACUCGUGAUAUUGUGUCCCCCAAUGUAGUUUAAUAUUAUUUUAGCCUAUAAGUCAUGUGGUUCAAUAUUAUAACGCUUAUGAAGAUGAUCUUAGGCGUGAUACAAUAUUAUUUUAGCCUAUAAAUCAUGUGGUUCAAUAAUAUAACGCUUAUGAAGAUGAUCUUAGGCGUGAUACAAUAUUAUUUUAGCCUAUAAAUCAUGUGGUUUAUGAACAUUUAAA